CACUUUGGUGAUAUAAACACAUUUAAACAAUCACAUGUCGACACGCAUUUGCCUUUUACCUUUAAUAGGCUUGCCCGCAAGUGGCAAAACUACUUUCAGUAAUUGGCUAUUGGAUAUAUCACAAAAACCCAUCAAUAUCAUACAUAUUUGCUUUGAUGACUACUUGACGCCACCUACAAACGAAAAAUCGUCAAAAUUUGAAUUUAAACAACAGCGUAACAGCAUAUUAUCCCGUAUAAGGGAGCUUAUAUACGAAUUAAAAUAUGCAGGCAAUAUCCCGACGCAUUUAAGCGCAGUUGUGAAGUCAUCUCUAUGCACAGAUCUUCAUGACUUCGUAGUUCUAUGCGAUGAUAAUAAUUAUUAUCGUAGUAUGCGAUAUAAAUUUUACCAAUUGGCCAAGGAAAAUGCAUGUGCGUAUGCACAAAUUUAUUUCGACUGUGAAUUAAAAUUAACGUUGGAGCGAAAUAGUUUGCGCCCGGCAAUGGACAGAGUGUCGGAGGAAACUAUGCAACGCAUGGCAAAACGACUAGAGACACCAGAUCCGACAACCCAUCAUUGGGAGUUAAACACAUACACUAUGAGCGAUUGCGAAAAUUACAACGUAAUAAGAACUCGCAUUUUGGCCUUCCUUACAAAAACAUUUGAAAACAUGUUGCAACCAAUGCCGGUACAAACCAAAUUAGAAACGAUACAGUCACUUGUGCACCAACUUGAUUUACUACUUCGAAGACGUAUUGGCGAAAUUAUCCAGACGGAACAACUUACAACAAAGCGACAAAUAAUAGCUAAAGCUUUAAAUAUAAAACGGAAAGAGUUACUACAAAACGUGAAGAUCAAAGCCGAAUUAAAGGAGAUAAGUUUUAAUGAUUUGAAUGAGUACGUGAAUAUGCUUUACUCUUAA